GAAAUUGCGCAAGAAAUCUGCAAGAAAAAUGCCUGCACAUUUGUUUUCUCAUUAUUUCUUCAUUCAGACGUGAAAUUGCUUUUAUUUGCACAAUAAAGAUAAGCGUAACGUAUGUGAGCAUAUGAGGACGAUUUAUCUCCACGGAAACUAUGAUAAGAAAUGUACGUGCAGUAAGCGAAUAAAGUUAUACGGUGAAAGUUGUUUGUAGUAUUUAUGAUACAAAUCAUUGGUAGAGAUCGAUUCGUUCAUAGAUACAUUAGAACGCUGCAUCGAAGCAACGACUUAUUUUUAUCGAGCUUUAAAAUCAAGUCACUCGCAAAAGUUACCGAACUUUUUCUUCGGGCAUUCAAAGACUUGUGACAAAAUCCGAGUGUGUUGUGCCUCGGGGUAACGAGGGUAACAAAUGACAGAGAUACCUUUAUUUAUAUGCAAACAAACAUUACUUAACAGAGCACUGAUAAAUCACGGUAAACUAGAAUCCAGGCGAAUUAGGAUGCCACCGAACGUUACAAAUUUGAGUUUGUUGCCUUGUGAAUAAGUAACGAAGAUAUCUCGUUUAUAUUCGUCUGCUUUGACUAGACCACCGAGCAUUCACGAUAAAAAACUCGGACUUUACCUAUCCUUUCAACCUACCUGUAAGUGCAGAAUGCUUUCGUUCAUCCUACUGCAAAUACUAGCUCUAAGUCCAGCAGUUCUGCUAUCGGUUCGAGGAGCGUUGAAAAUUGAUUUGAAUCUCAAUAGAUCAAAUCCAACAAAUAAAUUCACGAUUUAUCUGAUUGAAAAUUGCCUUUUACGUGAUGAUCGCACCGUUGCUCUGAUCGGCAAUGUGCCGGACACGAUUGUCAACGAAUUGCACCGUCUGGAAACAGCGGUAAUGACUUCUAUUGGUAACUACAGACCGAGAAGUGAUGGAUUGUAUGGAAAAAUUUUGUACUCGAACUAUUUAUACCGUCAAUCGUUUUGGAUUGGAUUGCAACGAAUCGUUCAUGCGUUCGUAAUAGCGGCUCCAUCGCAGCCAAUUCUUCGUCGAGCUCUAGAAACUGCAAAAACGACCGUAUGGUGGAAUUCGGCAGCUUUCUUUAUCGUGACAAAUCCACCGGAGAAAAAUGAUUGCCGAAAUGCCUUCAUAUAUCUGUGGACAUUGUGGCAAAGCGGGAUUUUGAAUUCGAUAUUUUUGUGCGAAGAUGAUGUCGAUGAGAGUAUAGCGGUUUACGCAUACUCUCCUUACUACGAUGGUCACUCGGAAUCCUGGGAAAAAGUCGAAGUUUAUGACGGCCGAGAUGGGCAUCCCUGGGUUCUGCUGAAACUCAAACAGGUUCACGAUCCGAACGUAUGCGAGACGAUAGCCUUCGACAAGGUUCAAAAGUUGAAUGGUCAUGUAAUACCAAUCGGCGUGCUGGUCAUUCCACCGACUUUGAUGAUUAACGAAACAGGGAGGAGCUGGUUCGAAAAGUAUAGAGGCGAGGACGCAAUGAUCAUUCACACUAUUUGGAAAGCCUUAAACGGAACGAUGAAAGAAGUUCGCUACGAUGGAAAGGAUCCAAUCGGUUUGUCUAGAGCAAACGGCAACUACACUGGAUUUGUGCGCGAUGUAUCUCAGGGAAGAGUUGACCACGGUAUGAACGGACUAUACGCAGGUAUUCAUUGGAGAUUCAGGUCAGCAUAUCCACACGCUGCGUCAGGUGUUUAUUUCCUUACAUAUCCAAAAGGCAUCAUGCCGAAUUGGUUGAAGAUGGUAACGAUCUACGAUCUCCCGGUAUGCAUAGCGAUCCUAAUAACGCUCUUAAGUUCAAUAAUAUUCCUUCAUUGCUUCGAUCAGCAGCCGUGGUCGAUGGCUAUCCUCAACGUAUUGCGUAUGAUAUUUUCAUCGUCGAUGUCACGUAUUCCGAGUCGACUAUCUUCCCAAAUAUUUUUGGGCAUAGUAUUUUGUAUGGUCCUCAUAACAACUUCUGGAUUUCAAGGAAGGUUUAUCUCGCUUUUAACGACCCCUUCGUUUUACCGGAAUAUCGACGGAUUGGAUGAUCUUCUCGCUUCUCAUUACCCUAUACAUGGAUAUCCCGCAUUCAAGCCAUUUUUUGAAGGCUCAGAACUUCUGACUGAACGUUUCAACUCUUCGCAAACUCAUCAAUGGUGCCUUCAAGCGGUUUUAGAAAAACGACCGGUCGCUUGCGUAAGCGAGUAUUUGAAUAUGAAAACCAGGACUCUGACAAGAGAAGAAUAUCACAUGUCGAAGGCACCGAUCGCGCCCUUUUAUACUGGAUAUUUUACGAGACUCGAUUGGCCGCUUUUUCGGAGAUUUAACACUUUGGUACAAAGGUUGUUCAACUCAGGGGUAACUGGAUAUUGGAGGAAGUAUUACUUGGACCAAAUUAUUCGUGAACAAUGGGAAAUACUGAGAAGAAAUUCGGUGCGAAAUCUUAAGGUUCUCGCAGUCGAUGAUUUGGCAUUCAUUUUUCACACAUUAAUCGCUGGAUUAAUUGGAUCCUUUGCGAUAUUCGUGAUCGAAGUAAUCCUAGGUUGUAUUUCACGGUAUCGCAUUAAUAGAGAAAAUUAAUAACGAUCUCUUCUAAUAUUAACACGCAAAUACAAAUGAAAAGAGUUAUUUAUUAAUUUUAUUCACAAUCGGUGAUAAGUUGCCAGAAAUUAACUUAUCAGCAACAAAGUACUGAAGCGAGAACUAAUUCAAAUUUUAUUUACUAGUUCCUUGAUUGAAUCGGAUAUAUGUAAUUGAAGUUGACGGUGUGCUUGAAGAGCAAUCAAGUCGGUCAGGGUGAAGGGCCUAACUCGCUGAUUGCGGGGGCAUUGCUCCUUACUGAUCGUGCACCGUUCUCGUAGGGAAAUUCAUCUCGUUUCGUAUUGUGUUACGGGUCGAAAUGAAACUUCUGACCAUUUCAUUUAUCGUUUGAAUUUGUUCACUUUUCGAACGGACAGGUAAUGAGAGAAAAAAACUGCAGUGACAUUUCGACACAGCGAUAUUUAUUUGCAUGAGAAUUUAUAGGCAAUAUUAGAUUUCUAGUUUUACAUGUACUUACGGGUCCAAUUCACACUACUAUAAUUAUUGAUUGUUAAUGGUUUUUGGACUUGGAUACUGAAAGUUUCCAACAUAUAAAUUGAACAUAUUCCAUUUACACAGACUGGGGUCAGUGGGGUCACUGAUGUAAUAUUUAUUUUCAAUAAUGCAAUAAGGAACUGAGAUAUCGAAAUAUAAAGUAACGAAGGACACUUUUCAAACACAUACGCGUAUGCGCGUGUAGAUUUUAAAUACAGAGUGGGAAAAAAUUAUUUUGAAGUAACUACUUAAGAUUACUCAUGUUGCAUCCAACAUCUUUGUUGAAAAUUAGUAUUUACAUAGCCCCUAAUAAACAUUGUGUUCGUAAUA